AGUGACUUCAGGGCCUCCGCGAGAGCCGUCGCCUAUCCUGCCGGAAGUGACGCAAGGCGGCGACAGCGGCGUCCGGCUCGUAGGAUUUGGAGGGCGAGCUGACCCCGGGCCGCCGCGACGAUGGGCCGCGAGUUCGGGAACCUGGCGCGGGUGCGGCAUGUCAUCAGCUACAGCCUGUCGCCCUUCGAACAGCGCGCCUUCCCGCACUUCUUAAGCAAGGGCAUCCCCAACGUGCUGCGCCGCUCCCGGGCGUCCGUGCUUCGCGUGGUGCCGCCGUUCGUGGUGUUCUAUCUGGUCUACACCUGGGGAAAUGAGGAGUUUGCCAAGUCCAAGAGGAAGAACCCAGCUGACUUCGAACAUGACAAGUGAGCAGCUCUGGGGCCGGCAACGUGGAGGCCUGAAGGUGCAUCCGGCGUUUCUGUGAGCAGACUCUGGUGUGACCCUGAUUCCUGCAGCUCCGCUCCUCAGCGUGAACCCCGACGGCAUCCCGGUGGUGGAGGGGGGUGUAGGUGUCACCUUCUGAUCCCAUGAUAAUAAACUCUGACAAGUGUGUUGUAACUCUCA